AUGAAGAAGGCGAAGACUACUGCGCCUGCUAAAGCAUUAAACAGUCAGCUUGGCUUCAAGGUCUCCAAACCACUGACGACACCGGAUCUGAAAGGCGAGGGAGCAAACGAUCUUACGGGUACCCAGAAUUCCAAUAUAAUUGAGAAGGACGCGCAGAUUACGGCAGCGCCUGCUCCAACCAAGGAGGAUGGAGACCACUUUCUUGUCGAUCACCAAAUCCUUGAUGCAAGCAUAUCUGUCAAGCGUGAAGCUCAACAUGGCCAAACUUUGCCUCAAGAGACAGCAGAUGAGCAGGCCGAAUCGACAAAGAAACGCUCCAGAGGAAAGACACAAAAUCGAACGCCAUAUGAGAAGGAGAUGAACGGCCUACCGUGGCAUCAAACGCCGUUCCCUGACCUAGUCCAGCCCACGGCAGAGGCGUGCGAAGAGGUCCAUAAGCUUCUUGCUGGACAGCUUAUGAGGAAAGAGAAUCGAGUCAUCAGCCAGCCUGAGACCGUUCCACCGCCAUCACUGGAGGUAGCUGGCUGUGGUGAGGUUCCCAACAUACUCGACGCUCUAGUUCGCACCCUCCUCAGUGCUGCAACAACGUUCGACAAUUCGGACAAUGCACUGCAAAGCCUCAUCGCAAAAUUCGGAACGAUCACAAUAGAGGGACCGAACAGCACCAGAACUAAUCCGGAAAUCGUCAUCAAAGAUCAGAUUGAUUUCAUGAAGAUUCACCACGCUGAUGUCAAAGCUGUAGAGAAGGCAAUCGAGUGUGGCGGUCUGGGUGCAGUCAAGAGCAAAUUCAUCAAGGGAAUUCUAAGCCAGGUGUACUCGGAGAAUUUUCUCAGAGUCAAGGCUUUUCGGCAGGAGAAGCUCGAUGGAGUGAAGCCCGAUAUACCAGGAGUCGAUGCCCUCAAUCAGGGCCAGAAAGACAUGGAAAUCUGGCUAUGGGAGCAUGGCGUCUUGUCCCUGGACCAUCACUGCAGCCUUGACCCUGAAGCCGCCAUGAACGAGUUUAUCAAAUUUCCUGGAAUAGGGGUCAAGACUGCAGCGUGUGUCAUUCUAUUUUGCAUGCGCCAGCCUUGCUUCGCCGUUGACACACACAUCUGGAGGAUGUGCAAAUGGCUGAAUUGGGCCCCUGCGAAAGCAGAUCGUAACAGCGCUUUUGCGCACCUCGACGUUCGGGUUCCUGACCACCUCAAGUAUGCCCUGCAUCAGCUUUUCAUAUACCACGGGAAGAACUGCAAGAAGUGCAAAAUCAGCAAUGCCAAGUUGGAAGAAGAUUGGGAGAACGAAGAGUGCCCGUUAGAGCACCUCCUUCAGCGGACUGAGAGAAAGAAGGCGCCAAAGCGAAAGCUGCAAGACGAUGAGGAGCAGGUAAUCCGCGCAAAGAAACAGAACAAGAAGGCGGAGGUUCCCGAGAAGGAAGAGCUAGAUGUCAAGCCUUUUGCGGAGGAGGCUGGACUAGAGGGUCAGGUGGAAGGUGCAGAUGCUGCGGAGGUGGUAUUGAAUCCAGAGGUCGAGGACUCGCUUUCUGCUGCAGUAGAUGUAUCUCAUGAAGAUGACACCGUUGCUGGUUAA